AUGGGCGACUGGAACUUUCUGGGAGGGAUUCUGGAGGAGGUUCACAUCCACUCCACUAUGGUGGGGAAGAUCUGGCUCACCAUCCUCUUCAUCUUCCGCAUGUUGGUGCUGGGUGUGGCGGCCGAGGACGAGCGUCACUGCAAGCGUGUGGCUCUCCGGCGCGAGCUUGAGACGAUGGAGGCAGAGCUGGCGGAGGCUCGGCGGCGGGUGGAGCGGGAACUGCGGCAGCUGGAGCAGGGGAAGCUCAACAAGGCUCCGCUCCGGGGCCCGCUGCUGCGCACAUACCUGCCGCACAUCGUGACCCGCUCCGUGGUGGAGGUGGGCUUCAUGACAGGCCAGUACCUGCUCUACGGACUCCACCUGGAGCAUCUGUACAAGUGCGAGCGGGAGCCGUGUCCCAACAUGGUGGACUGCUUCAUCUCGCGACCCACCGAGAAGAGCGUCUUCAUGGUGUUCAUGCAGGGCAUCGCCGCCACGUCCCUGUUCCUCAGCCUGCUGGAGAUCCUGCACCUGGCCUACAAGAAACUAAAGAAGGGGCUUCUGGACUACUAUCCUCACCUGAAAGACGACCUGGGUGAUUAUUACGGUGCCAAGAAGAACUCCGUGGUGCAUCAGGGGUGCAAAGCCACCAUCCCGACGGUGCCCAGUGGAUUCGCGCCGCUCCUGGAGAAACAGGGCAACGGACCCACGAACCCCGUGCUCAUUAACCCCUCGUCUGCGUUUGUACCCAUCCAGGGUGUGUCGGACGUGCAGCGGGAGAACAAGGAUGUCAUUCACGGUCUGCUGGAGCGCAACAGCAAUUCCAACAACCCUUGCAGCGAGACUCGAUCCCCUGUCGCGCACACGCGGUUCCCAUUGGAGUCGGAGAGCGCAGGCUUCAGCAGCCUCCUGAUAACGGACCCGUGCAAGCAGCGGCGAGCCAGUCCGGCCUGGAACUGCAGCACAGUGGUGGAAGGGAACGGCUCGGACAGCGGAGACAGCGGCAGGGCUGACCUGAGGAGAGCCGGCGGGACACACACACCGGACUCUGAGCCCAGCUCUGGCUCUCGGGAACACGGUUCUGUAGAAACUCCCUCCUUCUCACCCAGUCGGCAACGAACUUCACUGGCGAGCAGCAACAGACGAGCAGCCAGCGACCUGCAGAUCUGAGGCUCUGUGUGUGUUUGUCACAGUAAUUACAAGCUGUUCUCUUUAGUCUUAAUCAAAGGGAUAGCAGUGUUUCCCAUUCAUUAACUAGGUGGCCCGCCACGGUCUAAUCUG